GUGCGCUGGGGCCGCGGGGCGGGCGGGCGCUGCUGGUGCGGGGCACCGGGGAGGCGGUGCUCACCCGGGACGGGCUGCGCCUGCUGCAGGCGCUCAGCCUGGAGCCGCCGACGGCCAGGAUGAUGGUGGCGUGUGCGUGCAGCUACCGCGCCGCGACGGGGGACGGCGCUAAGACGUUCGUUAUAUUGCUGGCCGGCGUGCUGCGAGGCCUGUGUGCGGCGGGCGGCGGCCUGCGGCGGGCGCUGCAGGCUUUCGAGGCGCAGGUGCUGGAGCGGGCCGUGGCGCUGGGCCUGCGGCGGCACCUCCUGUCGGCGCUGUCCGGGCCGGAGGACGAGGCCGACCUGGAGGCGCUGCUGGAGGCCUACUUGGCCGGGCGGCUGGGGCCGGGCGAGCGGCGGCUCCUGGCGCGGCUCUGCUCAGAGUACUGCUGCCGCUGCGCGCCGGCCGCCGCCGCCCGACCGCAGGCCCUGCGCCUCCUCGGCCGCCGGUUCGCGGAGCUGCACGCCGCCGUGGCCGGCCUGCCCGUGGCGAGCUCCAGGGUCCUGCCCGGGCUCGUCCUCCGCAGGGAUUUCGCGACCUACUGCCCGGCAGGAGAGGAGCUGCGGGCCGUGCUCGUCACCGAGCCCCUCCGACCCGCCCUCUCGGCCCCCAGCGUUGAGUUUGUUGUCGACUCCGAGGGUCAGUAUCGGGCUUCCCUGCAGUGGAUCGCAAGGAGGACAGAAGCCUUAAUGAAACACCUGCAGAACAACAACAUUAAGCUGUUACUGUCGAGCGUGAAGCAGGAGGAAGUAGUUAUUUACUAUGCGAAAAUAUACGGUAUAUCUGUGGUAGAGUGCUUAUCGUCGGAAGAAAUGGCCCUUAUUUGUGAAAUUACAGGAGUAUCGCCUUGUGCACCUUUUGGUGAUAACAGGUACGGAGAAAUCAUGGAAACCGCAGUGGCAGCAUUUUGCCAGCCCUUGCUGCUCGGCUCAAAGAGAUGCGCGCACAUUGGCUUUACCAGUGUGUGCACCUUUCAGCCCCAUUGCCUCAUUCUUUGUGGGCCAGUCGAUAGUGUUAAUGAGCAACACGCUGCAGCUUUGCAAGAGGCAUUUAUAAUGCUGCAGCAGCUAUUUAAAACAGUUGAACAGAGGGAGGAAUACAAAGCAGGAGAUGAAAGCCAGAGUGAAGCCUCAGGUGUUUGUAGUUGGCAUUUUUCAGCUACUCAGAUGCAACUUGCAAUAGAAAAUAAUUCUUGUAACAGUACUCAGGUUUCUGAAGGUCAGUCAAAAGCACAUAAGGAUGAAGUAGAAACACAUAUUGUAGAUCCAGAUUCACAGGUAUGUGAUAAUCCAGUAUGUGUGCAAACAGAUUUGCGAAUACCCUCAAGUCCCAUCUUGCACAUCAAGGAAUUCAGUGGUGCCACUGAAGGAGAUGGCUCGUCACAAAGUGUACAGAAACCGCAUGCAGAAUGUGAGCAUUUGCUUGCCAUACACAAGAACUAUGAAAGUGAUUCACUUGUGGAUAGUCAAAAGCACCAGAACACUGCUGUAUUGGCAUGUAAUGCUAAUGCAGGCACUGCAUGUGAAAGCCUAGAUGUUGGUGAAGACCUAGAGGAAACCAGUUGCAAUAUAGUCCCAUUAAAACAUGAAGAGAGUAGUGUAAGUACUGCACAGAAUUAUUCUGGCUCCCUCAUAAAAGCAGGAUCAGUUUUGCCAGUAGGAGGUUACUUUGAAGUCCUGUUACAUUAUUAUAUUCAGCACUAUGCAAAACAGUUUCAGCAGUUAGAGCUAGCUGUUGUGUCUAAUAUAGUUGCUGAUGCUCUGUUAAGUAUUCCCAAGUCCUUGUACGGGACAACAGAACGAAACAGCUUUAACAAAUUCUAUCUUGGAGCCAUAAAUGCACUUAGAAAAAAUGAGCCACUGCCUAUGAAUGGGAAAGGCUUAGAAUCAGUGUAUUGCAAAUACCACUUAGUCAUCUCAGUUCUUCAUUGUGUUACAGAGCUGCUCUCCAUAGAUUUAAUAAUUGGUGUUAAGCGGCCACUGCAAAAAGCUGAGGAUUAUGACUCAGAAAAUGACUUAUGAAAUCUCUUAAUAAAAAAUGUUUUUCAUGA